AAUGUACUUAAAUCUUCAUGUCUUGUCAAAUAUUGAUUCGGAAUAAAAUAUACUGAUUCAAGACUCAUCCCUUCAGUUUUUUUCUCAACUGUUUACACUUUUGACGUUUUGUGUUGUCUAGGUCGAUGUCAUCGAUGUCGCAAGUUCUCGUUCGUUUUUGUUAAUAUUUAAAGCAAAUUCUCUCUCUAAAAUAUGAGAGUGACUUAAAAACAUAUCUUAUUAACUCAGUGCUUUAUAAUUUAUUCGUAAAUAGAUGCGGAAAACUCUUCAAAAUGCAUUUGCAUUACUGUUUGGAUUUUCCUAACCUAAAAAUUUAGUAUUGUGACAUUCAGUUUUUCGAUUUGUGAAACAAAACUAAUGAUUUAUAAAAAUUUGUGAUCAUUAUGGUAGAAGAAGUUGUAAAUCCUAGCAAUAGGCCGAAGAGCAAAACAACAAGACCCCGUCCAGUUUAUUUAUGGAAUGUCCUGGACGUGCAAAAAUGGUUAAGACGACACUGUAGUGAUUAUUAUCAACUUUAUCACGAGAAAUUUUUAUAUCACGACAUAACAGGACGAGCUCUUCUAAGAAUAAACGAAAAUAUUCUUCUGCGACUGGGUAUUGAUAAUGAGGAUCACAGAAUAGAUAUUUGGAGAGAAAUCAUGAAACUGCACCUCAAAACGGACAUCUUAGAAAUUAGAGAUAUUGAGCGUCGCAAUAACUUGCAAUACGAUUAGUUGAAAUCAGACCGCAGCUGUACCAUAGAGUGAUAGAAAAGUGAAACAGGCACGUUCGAGCUCGCGUUCGAAGUAUCUGUUUACAUUAUUGGAUGUAAACAUUCCCAGCGAUUAAGUUGCAGCGA